AUGCCCAAGAUCAGACAUCACCGUUCUUCGCGCCGCGUACCGCCUCCUAAAGACAGCGACUUUGAUCACGAAAUAAACCUAGUUGAUCGAGAUGAGGAGGAAAGCCCCCUUAGGUCCUCACUGGGCGGCCCUUCGACCCAGGACGAAGCUGCUGGUUCCACAGCAGAUCGCCAAGGCGACGUCGGGGAGGAUGAAAUCGGCGGGGAGGUGACACGGCAGGCAGAUGCUGGGCAGCCUUCUGUCCGAGUAGAGGGACCGACACCGCAGGUAGAGGCUAGCGACCCCGUUUUAAAGGCACAAUCAACAAAACCCCACGGCAAACCCAAGACACCCGAGUCGGCAAUCGACAUCCUAUACGAAAACCAGCGAGGCGGGUUCCUCUGCGGGAUACCGCUCUUUUCCUCCAUGGCUCUCGGGAACCUCGACCCUCCCGCAUGGACCAACUUCGCCCACAGGCCCAGUCCAACCGAUAUAGGCACGGCGCAAGUGCCCGAUCCGAGCUGGGAAUGGGCGUGGCCGGAGUGGCGCAUCAACCACGACGAGGGCGUGGACGAGGACGGCUGGGAAUACUCGUUUGCCUUUUCCAAGAAGUUCACGUGGCAUAAGGCGCGGUGGUGGAACUCGUUCGUCCGUCGGCGAGCGUGGAUCAGGAAACGGGUGAAGAAGGACGCAGGUUAUUCCCCGCAGGGCCCGCACCUGCUCAAUCCCGAGUAUUUUACGAUUCGGCCAUCUUCCGACUUAUCUGGAGACGGUAGCCCUAGCGAGGCCUCCAGCGUCCGUGGUAGCAGAGCAAGCAUGGCCACACUCAACAUAGAAGGCGCCGAACUGCACGUCAUCGAACACGGCGACGAGCUAUUGCGCGUGCUCCGCAUGUCCCGGAUUGACAGAGAGAAGAUCGAAGCCGUCGAUAACUACCUCAAACACGCCCAGGAGAGUUUUGAAGGCCUGCAAUCGAUCAUGCACGACAUCAUGUCCCUCUUUGUGUUCCAAGCAUCGCGUCGGGUUCUCCUCGGCAAAUUAACCGAUCUCUACGACGCGACCGUCGCCGAGCACAAGAAAGAGACGAACCCAAGCCUGGAGCUAGAUCAGAAGGUCAAGAAUCUCGCCGCGGCUGUCACGCACGCAGAUGAAGAGGUGAAAAGACUCGAGUACUGGAGCGACGUGAAGGACAUAGCCGAGGAAGGGGGCUCAAAGGGUGCCGUGGAUCAAGAGCAGGGCUGGGAUUCCACAUGGCGAGGGGUGGACAAGUCUGGCCCAUCAGCGCCACCCGCUCCCAAACAUGAAGCUAAGAAGGGAAUUGCAAACAACGAAAAUGAGAACGGAGCAUGA